CGAUAAUGCAAUCUGGAGCUGUGGUCCAGACUUCAGACUUUCAGUGUGUUGGCAUUUUUGUGAAGAACAAACAUGCUAGUUCUAGUGCUUGGAGAUUUACACAUCCCUCACCGCUCCAAUGGGCUACCAGCAAAGUUCAAGAAACUCCUGGUGCCUGGACGCAUCCAGCACAUACUCUGCACAGGUAACUUGUGCACUAAGGAGACCCUGGACUAUCUGAAGACACUAUCCACGGACGUCCACAUCGUGCGGGGCGACUUCGACGACAACAUCACCUACCCGGAGCAGAAGGUGGUGAACGUCGGCCAGUUUCGUAUCGGACUGUGUCACGGCCACCAGGUGGUGCCCUGGGGCGACACGGAGGCGCUGGCGCAGGUACAGCGCCAGCUGGACGUCGACAUUCUGAUCUCGGGCCACACGCACAAGUUCGAGGCGUUCGAGCACGAGAACAAGUUCUACAUCAAUCCAGGCUCGGCAACAGGGGCCUGGCAGCCACUGGACAGCAGCGUGGAGCCCUGCUUCGCGAUGGACAUUCAGUCUGGCACUGUGGUCACCUACGUGUACCAGAUGGUUGGGGACGAGGUGAAGGUGGAGCGGAUCGAGUACAGCAAAAACUGA